AUGGCUGCUUCUUCUCGUAUUGAUUUGGAUCAGCACCCCUCAACCCCGGUCUCAUUGCUGGUGACAAAUCCUUUUGAUGAAAAUGUUACCAGGCCCAAAAGUGGAUCGGGAAACACUUUUCUAGUAACAUCGCACUCCCAGCGGUCGUCUCUAUCGGUUUCAUCCGCCGCAACGUCUUCAGCAUGUCCAGGGCCAAUUGAUCGGAGCAAUAGCCCGUUUUCUUCUCACUCGCCAAAUAAUGCAAGAAAAGAUUCAGAUGCAGCACUACCGUUGGUCUCUCAAGCCUUGCAUCGGCCUUCGCAGUCGAUUGAUGAGGAUCCCUUGGGUCCGCGUUCGCAAUCGAUCGCAUCCACUGAGGCCACUGAGGCCACGGUGGUCCGCUCCAGAACUCUGUCGGAUAUAUAUUCGGAUCACACUGUCAAAUUUGAUUAUGACGACGUGUCGCUGUCGGAAGCACUGGUACCCAAUCCUCGCGAUGACGCCGAUUUCCAUGUUAACGAAAAUCGAUUCGCCUUCUCGCCUGGACAGUUGAACAAAAUGCAAAACCCUAAGUCCCUCGCAGCCUUCUUUGCACUCGGUGGCUUGCAAGGGUUGCAAAAAGGCCUACGAACGGACCUCAAUGCAGGUCUAUCCGUCGACGAGGGCCGACUGGAUGGCUUUGUAGAUUUUCAGCAGGCGACGUCACACCUGUACGACAAGACACCCUAUAUCGCUAAAUCGCGACUGGAAGCCAACCCGGAUCCAGCAGUACCUGUAAAUACCAACGAUCAUUUGAAAUUCGAGGACCGCAUCCGUACUUUUUCUGAGAACAAGCUACCGGCUCGAAAGUCAGUCGGGUUAUUGAAGCUGUUUUGGAUCGCCUAUAAUGAUAAGAUCAUUAUUUUGUUGACGAUUGCCGCUAUCGUUUCACUGUCUUUGGGGAUAUACGAAUCGGUGGAUGGCGGCACAGGCGUGGAGUGGGUGGAGGGGGUGGCUAUCUGCGUGGCGAUUCUGAUUGUCACCGUCGUUACCGCUGCUAAUGACUGGCAAAAAGAGAAACAGUUUGCCAAACUUAACAAGCGAAACAAUGACCGCGAUGUCAAAGCUAUUCGCUCAGGCAAGUCGACAAUGAUAUCUGUUUACAAUAUCAUGGUGGGCGACGUGCUCCACCUAGAGCCUGGUGACUCUAUACCCGCUGAUGGUAUUUUGAUCUCAGGUUAUGGUAUGAAAUGCGACGAGUCAUCAGUGACUGGCGAGUCAGAUCAUAUAAAGAAGACGAAUGGCUAUGAAGUCUGGCAGCAGAUUGUUGAAGGCCACGCAAAUAAGAAGCUUGACCCGUUCAUGAUUUCCGGUAGCAAGAUUCUCGAAAGCGUGGGCACCUAUCUUGUUACUAGUGUUGGACCGUUUUCCACAUAUGGCCGACUCAUACUAUCGCUGCAGACUUCCAACGAUCCUACACCGCUUCAAGUGAAAUUGGGUCAUCUUGCUAAUUGGAUCGGGUACUUAGGAUCGGCUGCAGCCGCCAUUCUCUUCCUCGUCUUGUUAUUUCAAUUUGUCGCCGAUCUUCCAAAUCAUCCUGACCAGAGCGCUGCUGUUAAGGGCCAGCAUUUUGUGGAUAUUUUAAUUGUGGCUGUGACUGUUAUUGUUGUCGCCGUCCCAGAGGGCCUUCCUCUCGCAGUCACACUUGCUCUAGCCUUUGCUACGACUCGUAUGGUCAAGCAGAAUAACCUGGUUCGCGUUCUACGGGCCUGUGAGACAAUGGGAAAUGCCACGGUAAUAUGCUCGGAUAAGACAGGGACCUUAACACAAAAUAAAAUGACCGUCGUCGCCGGCAUCUGGGGUUCGAAUCAAAGCUUCAGCAGGCUAUCAGAGGGCGAAGCUCGACCUAGCUCGGUUAGUAUCUCAGGGAGUUUCCAGCAGAUUACAGCUCCUGUGCGAGAUCUUAUUGUUAAGAGCGUUGCCUUGAACUCUACCGCUUUUGAGGAAGGGAUCAAUAGCCAAAAAGACUUUAUUGGGAGUAAGACUGAAGUUGCGUUGCUUCAGUUAGCCCAUGAUUAUUUGGGUAUGGACCUUACCCUAGAGCGUGCAUCCGCCGAGACCGUCCAGCUCUUUCCAUUCGAUUCGGCGCGGAAAUGCAUGGGUAUUGUUUACCGCCUGCCUAGUGAAGAAUGCCGUCUCCUUGUUAAAGGGGCUUCCGAGCUUAUGAUCGCUGCGUGUUCCACGCAGAUUAUAGAUAUAACUACUUCCAAGGAGAGACUUCACACGGAAUUUCUCUUAAAAGACGACCGAGAUAAAAUCCUUGAGACCAUUGACCAAUUCGCUAGAGGGUCCCUUCGAACAAUUGGAAUUGUGUACAAGGACUUUAUGACCUGGCCUCCAUUAUGGGCUAAAAAGCUGGAAGAUGAGCCGUGUUUAGUCGAUUUUGACGAGGUCUUCCAAGACAUGACCUGGGUCGGGGUCGUCGGCAUUCAGGAUCCCCUUCGGCCUGAGGUUCCUCCGGCGAUUCGCAAAUGUUAUUCCGCAGGAGUUCAAGUCAAGAUGGUUACUGGGGACAAUCUUGCAACUGCUAUUGCGAUUGCGUCGUCUUGUGGUAUUAAGACUGAAGAUGGGUUAGUUAUGGAAGGUCAUGAAUUCCGACACUUGCCGGAUGAGGAAUUAGACCGCGUGAUUCCCCGCCUACAGGUGUUGGCACGCUCUUCGCCAGAAGAUAAGCGUAUCUUAGUAGAGCGGCUUAAGAACCUUGGUGAAACAGUCGCUGUGACGGGCGACGGCACAAAUGACGGGCCUGCUUUACGAACCGCGGAUAUCGGUUUUUCUAUGGGUAUUACCGGUACUGAGGUAGCCAAAGAGGCUAGUUCAAUCAUCCUCCUAGACGAUAACUUCCGAUCUAUCGUUACGGCGAUCGCCUGGGGACGGACGGUAAAUGACGCCGUCGCUAAGUUCCUUCAGUUCCAAAUCACGGUUAAUAUCACGGCCGUCAUUCUGACAUUUGUGUCGUCCAUCUAUAGCGAUUCGAACAAUCCCGUGUUAAAUGCUGUGCAGCUGCUCUGGGUGAACCUUAUAAUGGAUACUUUUGCCGCGCUAGCACUAGCCACCGACGGCCCGACGGCUGAGAUCCUAGAUCGAAAACCCGUACCUAAGAGUGCCCCACUCUUCACCAUGAAUAUGUGGAAGAUGAUCUUUGGACAAACAGUCUACAAACUCACUGUGAUCUUUAUGCUCUACUUCGCUGGGGACCAACUUUUGAACCCACAACUUGAAAGCAACGACCCAGAGCUUCGGACCAAACAACUUUCCACCGUUGUUUUCAACACAUUCGUCUGGAUGCAAAUUUUCAAUGAGUUUAAUUGUCGCCGCCUCGACAACAGGUUCAAUGUCUUCGAGGGCAUGUUUCAAAAUUAUUGGUUCCUGGGCAUUAACGCCGUCAUUAUUAGUGGUCAAAUAAUGAUAGUAUUCAUUGGCGGUCAGGCAUUUCGCGUGACUCGUCUCAAUGGGGUUUUAUGGGCGGUUUGUCUCAUCUGUGCUGCGGUUUGUAUGCCGUGGGCUAUGAUUCUACGCAUGAUCCCCGAUCACCAUUUUGCCUUCGUUUUCAAUGCUAUCGUCGGCAGUUUUUCCAUCGCGUUGCGUCCAUUUGUCAAGGUCUUCCGGCUCCUUGGUAAAGGCUUCAAAGCUUGCUUCCGGCCUGUCCCCAGGUUCACCCUCUGGGUUUUCUCUCGGCAAUUCUCAAACCAUAGUAGUGAUUCUUCUGUCCAGGGGCCAACAAAUUCUGAAGCUAGGGAUAAGGAAGGGCCGAGUUCGAUGAAGCAGAGGCAACAGGAUAUUCCUGAACAGCAUCAGGUGCCACCGCAGAUUUCGGUACCUACAAUUACAAUCACGACUUCCCCCUAA